AUAUGUAGACACUCAUAAUCCAAAAGAAUCCAUAAAAUCAAUCUCCUAACCCUAUUUUCAGAAAGCAAAUUGAUAAUGGCAAGCCUACCCUCUUUAGCAACAAUUAUUCCUAAGUGUGGCCAAGUUGGUGCACUAGUUAUGAAGAGCCCAUGGAGCUCUAGGGUUUUCCUCCCUAUCACAAGAAGGCAUUUUCAGGCAACCACACGUAAUGAGGAAUCAAAUGCGUAUGAUAAGGCUUCCCAAGCAACAAAACAAGGCGUUAAUGAAGCAAAGAAUGUUGGCGAAGAUGUGAAAAACAAGGCUGCUUCAGCUGCUGAAGAUGUAAGCAAGAAAGCAAAAGAAGUAGCAGGAGAGGCAUCAAAAACAGCACAGGAUGUGACAGAGAAAGCAAAGCAAACAGUGGAAGGCGCAUGGGGAUCAGUUAAAGACACCACACAGAAGAUCAAAGAUACUGCUGUAGGGUUAGCUGAGGAAUCUAAGGAAUUCGUCAAAGAAAAUGCUGACUCUGUCAAGCGCAGCAUGAACAGCAAAAUUUGAGCUCUUUUCUAGAAUUUGAAUUUUUAUUAAUCGAGUCAAUUUUUUUUAAAAUAUUAACAAUUAUAUGCACCAACAUCUAAGUAUGUAAUAUGAUUCAAAAACUUAUUGCAUUCCAUUUUAUUACUAAAUAAAAUGUUAUAUUCUUUGUC